ACAAAAUAAUUUAAAUAAAAGAGAAUCUUUUAGUUUAUUACUGUUUCCUGAAUGAAAUGAAUAUAUUUUUUAUUUUUUUUUAAAUAAAAAUAAAUAAAGAACAUGAAGAAGCUCAUUUAUAUGUAUGGUUAACGCACGUACAAUAGCAGUUAAGGGGAACGCGGAAGUGAUUGUAAAAAGAUUCCGGUUAUAAAGCGUGGGAUAAAAAAAUAUCUGUCCAUUUCUUGAUAUUGUGAUGUGUGAAGUAGCUAGGUAGCCUUCAGGUCGACCAACUCAAUUGACGAAUUAUCAAUUAAAAGAUGUUCUACAAGGGCUAAAAUUUAUUUAAUAUUGUAUAUUAACUUGUGAAAGAUAUAUCAAUUGUUGCAUUAUAAGACAUCAUUGGAUAAAUGUACGAAAUCGCCAUGAGAAUAUCAACUCGAUUUGUUCUGCUGAUGAUUGCUGCCUUUGUCAUCGUGAUCUUGAGUACAACAACAAGUGCAAGUGUUCCAACUGUUGGUAUCUGCAUAAGAAACUGUGCACAGUGCAAGAAAAUGUAUGGAGAUUACUUUAGUGGACCACGGUGUGCAGAUGACUGCGUCAAGUUCAAGGGUAAAACAAUUCCGGAUUGCGAGGACACCGACUCAAUUGCAUCGUACAUUCAUGCACUUGAAGAAAACUAGAUGAACAAAAGAAUCUAAAUUUAAUUAAAAAAAAAAAAAUAUAAUAACUAUUCUGCUUAACGAAUAAUGAUACUAAGAUGAUAAUAUAUUGGACAUGAAUGUUAUUUUAUAAAUCAUUAUCAUUUAUUAUGUUAAUUUGCUCAUUUAAUGUUGGAGGACAUUUAGAGAGAAUUAAUCUAGUCAAAUAGUCCUCUAAAAGUACUUUUCUUUUUUUUUUACAUAUAUAAGUUUAAUAUAUUUAUUAUUGUUGAUGAUUUU